CGUAAAUUCAUUGAUUGUAACCAGCAAAUAGCACCCCGAGUGCUCGUUGAACUGUUGGCAGCUCAAUAUGUGGAUCGGAUUGUUGUAUUUUUUAUCUUUGGCAUUCAUUUGCAAUGGAAGAGUUCUUGAUGAAGGAUGCAGAGAUUUGAAAGAGCUCCCGAUCAAGGACGUCGGUCCGAAGAUCAUCCAAGUGACGGGGAAAGGAACUUUGUACAGUCCUGGUUUUGAGAAAAAUCAAAACUACCCGGAUUCAGUGCAAUGCACAUAUCAAUUACAGGCACCAACUGGAAUGCACGUUCGGUUGACGUUCAACGAACUAGACAUUGAUACAACAGAUAGCUGUAAAGCAGAUUCCGUGAAAAUUCACGAAUUUAACUCAGACGGAAAAGGCUUUGUCGUGGCUGUGCUUUGCGGGAGUCGUGUGCCCUAUGAUUACGUUGCCGAUUCUCAUGCUGUGCAAGUGACUCUGACGACUGACGAGUUUGGUAACAGAAGGGGAUUUAACAUUACUUAUUCGCCGCAGUCCACAUCCAGUGUCUGCCCUUCCGGUAAAAAGAUGUGCCGCAAUCGAAAGUGCGUAGAUUAUUCUCAAGUCUGUGAUGGAAAUGACAAUUGUGGGGAUGGUACAGAUGAAGAAAAAUGCACAGUUACAUUGCCUACAACUGAAUGUGGGAAGUCGGAAAUCAGCCCGAAGCCUAUGUCUUUCUUAGAUCGAAUCGUUGGUGGUCAAGAAGUCACCGAAGGCAGCUGGCCUUGGAUGGCUGAUCUACAAGAAAGACUUGUCGAGCCUAAUGGUCAUAUGUGUGGCGGAGUGUUGAUUAGUGCACAGUGGGUGCUUUCUGCAGCACAUUGUUUUGGAGGUCUUCGACGUCCUGAUGAUUGGCGGAUUCAUCUCGGAAACCACAGAAAGUUCGAUGUCGAUGUGGGUGAACAAAUCAGAUAUCCUGAGCGUAUAAUCAUUUAUGAUGAUAUCUCACCAACGACGUUUGAGCAGAAUGGAAUAUACGACUUUAUGCACGACAUAGCCCUCAUCAAAUUGAAUGCUCCAGUGAAGUUCACGAAAUAUGUAAAGCCCGUUUGUCUACCAGAUAUGAUGGCUACGUUGGACACCAAUAGUAAUUGUUACGCAAUUGGAUGGGGAGCUACAAGAGGAUCUGGUAGUUCUGAUAAAUUGAAACAGGCGCACCAUCCGAUUCAAGAAGAUGAAUUCUGUGGAGAAUUGGUAGGAAUCCUCUUUAAUCCAGACACUAUGAUCUGCGCAGGUAGUUUAGCGCCUCUCAAUGGAGUUUGUCACGGAGACAGUGGAGGUCCAUUACUAUGUGAAGAAAAGGGGAAAUGGAGCGUUCAUGGUGUCGCCAGUUAUGUUACAGCAGAUACAGAAAUAGAAGGAUUGUGUGGCUUGGAAGGAAAUCCAAGUGUAUUCAGCAAAAUUUCAGAGAAAAUCGGAUAUAUCAUAAGAAUGGUCGACAAGUACAGUUGACUUGUAUGAAUAGAUUGGAAAAGAUAAAAACAAUAAUACUACAAAAAUGAAU